AUGUCAACAUCAAAUAAAUCUCACACUAAAUCUUCCUCGUCAGGAAGCUCUUUAAGUUUAAUAUUGGGCUUUUCAAAAUCAAUUGAAAAAGGUUCAUUUGGUGUUUUAUAUGCUAUGAUUAAGGGAAAUACCUUUCCUAAAAUAUUAACAAUUAUAAGUUUAUUAAUUGAAUUUUGUCAAUUAUCAUCCUUUGGUUUUAAACAUCAAUACCCAUGGGGUGGGGAUGCUGGAUAUUAUUUAAAGAAAAUUAUGUCACCAGUUAAUCAUCCAUCAAACUUAGUUGGUUAUAACGGGUUUCAAAUAUUGUUUUGGAUUGUUGUUGGUUUAAUGGUUCUAGGUUUUAUCAAUAUAUGGUAUGUCGCAUAUCAGUUUUAUCAAGGCAAAAUUGCAAAUAUAUGGAUUAUUAGAACUCUUCGUUGGUUUGUCAGUACCUCCGUGGCUGUAUUAUAUAUCCCAAUUUUAUCUUUGCUCUUAAUCGGUUUAGAUUGUACAUCAACAAAAGAAUUUGGAACCAUUCUCCGAAAGUUUGAGGAAGAAUCAAUUCAAUGUUUUAGAGGUGCAAAUUUACCAAUCUCUAUUGUCUCAAUUAUUUUAAUUAUAAUUUUCAGUAUUGUCGCUUUUAUUUCAAGUGCAACAUAUUAUGAAUAUGAUACAAAUGUAAAAUCAAGAUUUUCUAAACCCCAUGCCAGAUUUGAUGUUUCAAUUUUAUUAGUUAAAACCAUCUUUGCAUUUUUCAACUCUUUAGUAGAUUUUGUUCCAUGGUUAACAAGUAUAACAUUUUUCGUAUUAAUGCUCUGUUUAACCAUUGCAUCCAUUGUAGUUUUACCAUACAACAACCAAAGAUUAAAUCAAAUUAAAAGCGGUUUCUACACUGUCGUAUUAUGGAUAUCAUUUAUGACAAUGGUUACUAUGGGUAUCUACGAUGAAACUUCACCAGCCACCAGCUACAUCGCCAUUGCAGGUGCAUUCCCAGCUUUCCCAGUUGGUUAUUUCUUAAACAGAUUCUAUUAUAAAUGGUUAUCAUCACAAGUUGCCAGUCUUCAAAUUGUAAAUGAAUCAACUUCAACAAUGGACUUGCAUGAAAAGAAAAAAGGAAAUAGUAUUGAUAAGGCCGACUUACCAACAUCUAAAAUUACAUGGGGUAAAGAACCAAUUACAUUGGGCAGUAAAAGACAAAUCAUUUUCCCAUUCUUUGAAAACAAAUUAGUAUUCUCAUUCUUUGUCGAAAUUAUGGCCAGAAAAAUCUUAAAGAACAGUUUUAAUGAAGGGGUUUCAAAUAGCUCUAACGAUGCCAUUGAACGUGCCAAUAACUUAUAUCAAUGUGGUCUUCAAUAUUUCCCAAAAUCAGAUAUACUUUGGAUGGCCUAUUGCAACUUUUUAUUCACCGUUAGAAAAGAUAGACAUAUUGGCUAUGCCGCACUCGAAAAACUAAGAAGAAUGAAACCAUCAUUUGAUGUCCGUUUCUUUAUUUACCAACGUGACAAAGAAAGAGAACAACUCAUGGACUCUGAUCUUAGAGGCCCUGGAAACGGUGGUAAAAUUCAAGAUUUUGUCAGCUAUAUGGAGUUCAAAAAACUUUACUAUGGCGCCAAAAGACAUCAUGUAAAAUGUUUAAAUUAUAUCAAAAGAUUCUGGGGACACUUGUUACACGAAACUGUAGAUUUACAUCGUUUAUCAGAUUUAUCAGGUCGUAUCGCCACAACAGAAAACAAAGCCAAUGAAAGCUAUGAAAGACUUUUAGCACUCAAUCCAAAUUCAGUCAGAGUACUUCGUGACUAUUCACAAUUCCUCGAAGAAGUUGUUAAAGAUAAAGACUCGGCCCUUAGACUUCAAAAGAAAGCAGAAGCAAUCGAAGAAAUUAUGAGCAAAAGUCAAACAACAGAUUUCAAGAUUAGCGAUAUCAAAACUCUUGAUGAUUCAGACAAUGAGGUUGAAUUUAACGAACCAAAUGCAAUUCAAUUAGCCAAGAUCGAUGCUGAUAUCAAUGAAAAGACACGUUCAUCAGGUACAAGAUCAACCUCAUCCAAAUCCAAAGAUGAUUCAUCAGAUACCAGUGGUUCAAGUAGAGGUAGAAGAAGCAAAUAUAGAGAGUUCCAACAGAGUAAUGCAAUUAAUAAACUUUCAUGGUUAAUGAUUGCAACCACAGCAGCCUGUAUUAUCUUUUUAAUUGUUGUUCUUAUUGUAUUCAGAGGACUUGCUGUUAAACAUACCAAUGCAUAUCAAGGUAUUCUUUCAAUCACAGACUGUGCCACCGAAGCUGUUUCACUUGGUAUGAAUCUUAACGCAAUGCACGCUUAUUCUCUUGCUGGUGGUACACCAGGAUAUCCAUUAGAGUCGUCUAAAGCUGAGGUCGAAAGAAGAAGGAAAUUAAAUGACAGAAGUAUUGUUAUUAUGAAGAAUAUUCACGAUGCCAUCUAUUGGGGUGAAGGUGACCCAACAUCAUAUGUAGGUGAUAAUCUUUUUACACUUAAAGAGAGAGCUGGAUAUACAGUAUUCGAUAUUGGUAGUGUAGUAUUUGACUAUACUCAAUUCAAUAGAUCUAACUUAAUUAUUGAUGAUCCAGAUAUGGUAAAUCUUUAUAAUGAACCAUCAGUAAAUAUGACAAUUUUAAUCACUACACCAGGAUCAAACAAUACCCAACUUUAUUCACAACCAUACAACGCUUGGAAAGCUGGUAAUUCCUUUAUAGAGAGUGCCAUUAUUGCAAAUAAACUUUCCUUUGAUAAUAUCAAAGAUGGUGCAUCAAGCCAUCCAGAGUUUCAAUUUGUUACACUCAACUCUCCAAUUGUUAUGCCUAAAAUAUUUUUAAAGAUUCAACAGGUUUACAUUGAGUCACUAGUACAAGAGAUUAUGAACACUUUAAACUCAAUUCUCUAUGUUUGGUUAGGUAUUUUCUGUUUCUUAUUCCUCAUUGCAAUUCUUUUAUUCCGUCCAGUUGUAACAAAAAUAUCAAGAGAAAAGAUUCGUACAUUAGUUCUCUUCUCAUUAGCUCCAAGAGAUGUUGUUAUCAGAUUGGCCAAUAGAAAAGUUAAAAUGACCAGCAUAGAUAGUGGUAGUGAACGUGAUAAUCUCUUUGAUUCUACCGAUGACGAUGUUAGUGCUCGUGCUCAUGAUCAUCUUGGGGAAGAUGAGACUCCAGUUGGUGAUAGAAAAAAGAAUGAUGAUAUUUCUAACGAAGGCACAGGAGAAAGUUCAGAAAAUGCUGACAACAGUGGCAUCAAUAAAUCUGAAGAUUCAAUUAUUAAUGCUGCUAAUAAUAGUGGUCGUCGUCCAUUACUAGACUCGACAAGCAUUUUAAAUUCAACCCAAAAUAGAAAUACCUCAAGCUCAGCCCCUAAUGAUAGAAGAGAUAGUACUGCAAUUACAAUUCCAGAAGAAAAGAAAUAUGGUUGGGAUGGAAAGAGUAAGAGAAAUUUAAAUAAGAAAUCAUUAAAGGUAAUUUUAAGACGUCUCCAUUGGUCCUAUUUUUUAGCAGUAUUUUUAUUAUUCGGUUUCAUUACCAUGGGUAUUUGGGUAUCAUUCACUGUUGUUUUUAAUAACUCCCAAAGUGGUUUUACCUUAGGUCAAAGCUGCACUAGAGCUUUAGAUAGUCGUAUUAUUAAUUUCUACGUUGCUGAACUAUAUACAUACAGUGGAGAUAGAGAUCCAAAAAAUAUGCUUUCUGCUGUUUCAGAGUUCCAAAAUAACCAUCAAUCACUCCCAUAUCUCGAAGAAGUUAGACCAUUAAUGGAAGGUUCCUAUGGUUGCUGGCUCCUCAAUAAAACACAAUGUCUCCCAUCAACCAGUCCUUACUAUGAAGAUAUUUCACAAGGUAUGGAUUGGGUUAUUGAUCAAUUUACCAAGAAUGUUAUAAAUCUUGUCCACACUGAUGAUUCUGAAUUACCAAGUAGUCCAGAUCUUGAAUGGGUAUUAGAAGUUGGAUCCGAUCAGCUUUACCAAGGUUUAGAUUUAGCCACAUUCACAUACUUUGAAUACUAUAGAGAUAAACAAGAAUGGGCCACCAUGGUAUUAACCACUAUUUUAGCAAUCACCUCCGUAAUCCUCUUAAUUGUUUAUGUUGUAUUAUUUAGACCAUUUAUGAACCAUUUAAGAAUACAACAUAUUCACACAUUAGCACUUUUACGUUUAGCUCCAGAAGAUAUUAGAUAUAUGGAAGUCAGUGAUAAAGUUAUUGAUGAAGAUUAA